GGGAAAGGCGUUUGUUAUCAAAGUUCUUUUUUAAAAAGUAAAUAAUUUUACGACAUUUUACCGGUAUCGAAAAUUAGUCUACUUCCGCGCAUGUUUUCAUCGAAAUGGCAGAUGCUAUGAGAUCAACAGUUGCGACCCUAUUAAAGGGAAUAGACAGAUAUAAUCCAGAGAACCUGGGAACACUUGAAAGAUAUGUAGAUAUGCAAAUUAGAGAAAACACAUAUGAUUUGGAAGCUAAUCUUGGUGUUCUUAAAUUGUAUCAGUUUAACCCUGGAUAUUAUCAGACCAAUGUAACGGCCCAGAUAUUGAUGAAGGCUCUUACUAAUCUACCACAUACUGACUUCACAUUGUGUAAAUGUCUCAUAGACACAGUUAGGCAAACAGAGGAACCUGUGAAAACAGUCAUGAAUUUAGCAGAUCUUCUAGAAACUUGCAGAUUCCAGGAAUUUUGGGAGUUGAUACAGAAAGAGCCAGAUGUUACAAUGGGUGUGAAGGGAUUUGAAGACUCAGUCAGAAAAUUUGUAUGCCAUGUUGUUGGUGCCACAUACCAGACUAUACCAGUGCUGCAUCUUACAGAACUACUUGGUGGAAUACCUGAUACACAAGUAAAGCAAUGGAUAAGCAAAUAUGGCUGGAAUCUUAGCACUGAUGGCAAUGUUUAUAUCACUAACCAGGAAGAUAAUAUCAAAACUAAAAAUAUAACAGAGAAAAUCACAUUUGACAGUGUAGCAGCUAUCAUGGCCUCUCAUCGAUAAUAAUAGACUGUACAUUUAACAACAUUCAUUUGGAAUAAUAGUUUAUGGGAUAGGUUCUUCUUUCAUCUGCCACAACUUGAGAAUAAAUGUUCAUUCAUUUGACUUGAAAGUGCUAUAUUCACAUCAGUUUAAUAUUGGUUUAAUAUUUAUAUAUUGAAAUGGAGAAACAAAUAUAUAAUGCAUUGACUAUUGGCUAUGUUUUGCUUGCUAGUGAAGAAGCAAGAUCAGCAGAAACUUUUGAAGCGACUUUGAAAUCUUUAAAGAAAAUAGCAUCUGGAAUAAUUAAUUGUAAUGUUUUAUUAAAACUGUAUACAUUAAUGAUA